AAAAAAAAGUUAUGAUAACUGGUACAAUUUUAACAAAUUGCCACCUGGGGAAAUGGCUUAUCCUUCGAAACUACAACUGUCUUUGAACCCCAACACCAAAGAGGCGUAUGUCGUGUUUUCCGACACACCGACCUCUAGACUAGACGCCAAGGCCGCUCGCGGUCUGGACACCGUGGCGGCGGUGGCCGGGCUCACAUCCUCCGCUGCGCUCCUGUUCGUAUCGGGCGGACUCGCCGCUCCUCUUGUAGUGACCUCGCUGGUCACCGCCGGGUGGGGCACCACGCGGGCUGGCUAUCAGAUAGCGGAAAGAGCUGCGCACGGGGAAAGCGUCAACCCAUUGACUAACUCAGAUUCUCGGAUGUUAUGGCUGGGCGUGGCCGCCAGUCUCACCAGCUUCGGGGCGAUGGGAGCCUCCAUGAGACUGUCGUCUUUGGCGGCCCGUGGACGAGAAAUAUCUAACGCUUUCAAGAUGUUCACCGACAUCACUAACGGGGCGAAUGUCGCCAUUAGCGGGUUAGCGAUUAUAAACACUUCUAUUGUCAUGUAUCAACAUCGGGAUGAUUUAACGGCUGUAGAUGUUCUGAUGUACAGCGCCUCUGUAGCCUUUUGGUCGAAAGGGGUGUAUUCUUACAAAUCGGCGAAUACAAUAAUUAAAGAGUCUCAAAACUAUGCUUUCGCUCAUAUCAAUAAACAAUUGAACCAAGAUCAAGCUUCUGAAAUGAACCAAGUCCGUAGUAGGUUCGGCGAUGAUCCCGCCUUACUGAGGAGAUUUGCCGCGGCCAUGGAAAAAAAUAUUAGCGUUAGAGACUAUUCGCAAAUUUUAAUAGAGGGGAUGAAAUAUGCCGAUAUAGUGUCCAGUCUCAAUGACGAUCAGAUCAGAGCGUUCGAUAGUUUCCGGAACCAUCUCCGGGAUGAUAUUAAAUUAAUAAGCGGGAUAAGAAAAAUAUCUGAACAUUACAACAUAAAUCCAGGAGAAACCAUCGAAACCAUUAUCAAUCUGUGGCAGGGGUCCGGUGGUUCGUCUCAGAUAGUACCGAUAGCUUCCGACACGAUGCUCAAGGAUGGAACUUUGAUAUUAGGAAGAGCUCCGCCUAUUAAAAUAACAGACCUGCCCCAACUCUCGCCUCCGAUGAUCCGCUUCCUCGGCGAUCUGAGCCAGAUCGACGUAGCGGGCAGCGCCCAGUGGUCGACGUCGGUGCCUAUCUUACUGACCCUCCAGAACCGCGGGUUGUUUACGGUUUGCCCCGUCGUAAGAAUCAUUUCCGGCGGUAACGCUGUCGUGUCUCUCAACAACGUCCUGAAUAUCAGUAUCCAUAAAUUGUACUCCAUACCUAAUGAUGAUUGCAAAACGAUGCUUCAUUUGAUUGGUAACAUGUCACCUACAGUUUCCAGUAACCAAAUCACCAAAGAAGUGAAAACCCUGUGUGUAGUAAAAUAUAGAUUGCGGUUCGAAUGUCAGAGAAACGAAAGCGUCUCUUCGAUCGCUAAAAUUUUAAAAAGUCACAAGACAUUGCACGAUUUGGUCGAAUCAAAUCUACAAAGCCACGAAAAAGAUAGGUUAUAUACAUUUGCAAGCACGUUAUCUUUAAACAAAGCAGACCUUUACAUGGACGACAUGUUGAUCUUCGUUAACGAAAUGAAACCAGAAAGCGUCAGCGAACUGGUCGCCUACAGCGAGUUCGUCAUGAACACAAUACAAGCCGAAUGUGUCAUCAUUAAAACUGAGUUUAACGAUGGGAAAAUUGUACUUCCCGAGAGUACGAAACUCUCCGUUACGACUCGUGAAGAAGCAUGUCGACGGGUGUUCGGUGACCGCGCGCUUCUGGCCCAGAAGUAUACGGAGACGUUGAAAAUGGUGAGGGAAAACGGCAUGGUCGGUGUGACCCAGCUCGACAAGGGACUGAGCGACGACGAUCUCAUAGACGCCAUCAGGAGGAACGAGGUGAAGUUCGCCAGCGAGCCGAGCGCGGUGUAUCACAGCAAGAAACAUCCCACCGACCCUCCGCACGAGUACGUCAAGAAGGCCAACGCGACCAUCAACAACGGCAGCUGGCGGGUCACGCUCGCUCAGGACGGACAGGCGAGGCUGAUCUCCGUGGACGACGGACACUGGAAGGCCUUCCUCGUGGAGAGCGGGGGACGAGUCGUACUCGCCACCUACAUGCAAAACAAGUAGACACGCUCGCUGUGCGGAGUACAGACCCUAGCCAUGCUCUUGAGCUUCACUUAAUAAUACAUUUUUCGGCCGACCCGACUUCGUCCGAGUUCUUCCGCAUUUGGUUGUUGCUUUGUCCGAUAUUAAAACACAUGUAUCUUUUAUUCGUGUAUCUUUUUAUAAAUUUUCGUCAUUCACUUUUAAACUUUAUUAACAAAUAUA